AACUAUGGCUCGUCGUAAUGCUCGCAACCGUCAGCCUACUCCGUCUCCAUCCCCAUCUCCACCUCACCAGCAAGCUCCCAAUCCGGCUGGGGCUCAUCUCAAAAUCGUGCUCCAGUUCCGGAGUCUAACUCCGCCAGAAUUUCAUGGGACUGAAGGGCCCGAGGCUGUGGCGGAGUGGAUCCGUCAGUUAGAGCAGAACUUUGACCUCCUGCAGUGCUCUGACGAGCAGAAGUAUUAUCCUCAGGGUUAUCGCAUGAGGAUGGAGCACGCUUUCUGGGAUCUUACUCAGGGGACCGGUACCGUUGAGGAGUACGAGCGGGAGUUCACCCGCAUGAGCGCCUUUGCUCCACAUAUGGUGGACACUGAUUUGAAGAAGGCCCACAAGUUCCGUGAUGGUCUGAACCACACCCUCCGUAUGCAUGUUGCUAGCCAGGGGAAUCUUUCCUUUGACAAGACCGUUAUUCGAGCAACCCAUCUUGAGAGUUAUCAGACUCCCAAUGUUUCUGCCCCUUCUGCUCAGCUAGUUCAGCCUAUUUCCUCCGCACCGCCCAGCUCUAGUUCGGGCAAGAGAAAGUUUGAUUCCCGCCGGGAUAACCGGAAGGGAAAGCGCGGUGGGAACGAUCGUCGUGGUGAGCGCCCCUUCGCACGAGACCAGUUUCCGAAAUGCCGUAAUUGUGGUCGUUAUCAUCCGGGAGAGUGCCGGUACACCCAGCGAGUUUGCUUCAACUGCAUGAAGCCCGGUCAUUUCUUCAGUGCUUGCCCCGAGCCCCCGAG